GGGCGGAUGUCGGAAUGAGAAACUGAGCUGCUGCUGGGGGGAAAAGACCAAUGCUGCUCUCUGUCGCCUUUCUAGUUUAUAAUCAAACCGCUGUGCUGUUUCCUCUUGGAGUUUACCUAUCUUUGUUUUAGGACUGUCCCUCCUGCUCCGCUCUCAGGACCUCUGUUGUUAUUUGCAAAGAAAACAAGUGGACUGCUUGCUCACUAUUUCUUUGAUCUUAUAGUGGCGUGGUUAAGAUAUGCAUAUUUUUAAGUCCAUAAAUGCCUUUUUCGUAAUCUAAUGGAGGAAAAAGCAUUAACUGGACCUGCCAUGGUUUCCAGAUUGCCAAAGUUUGGAGGACGUCCCUCAGCUGGGGGGAAUGGCCCCUUGGGCAAUGGUUUCACACAGUCACCUAUAUCUGUGCAAGAUGGCAAGACCAAUUCACCUGGAACACGCACAAAUGGUCUAAUCCGGCCUUCUCCACCUUACCUAAAAUGGAAGAAAGAUGAAAGUAUAAGCUCCUCUAACCAUAUCGCAGCGACUAUUCCAUGGGAGGGAAAUGAAGAGAAGGCACAGAACCAUGUGCCCUCACUGCCAGAGGUGAAGAAUAGCUCUCCGUCAACCCCUAAGAUGCGUAGGUCUGGUUCUUUGAUGGUGGCUGCCUCCAGCCCCAAAUCUGUCCCAAAGCAACUGACAAAGAUAAGUCCCAAAGUGACAAAAGUUGGUCAAAACCAACUGAAUGGAGUUUCUAAAAUUGCCUGUAGUGCUUCAGGGAUUCCUGCUCGAGCAGGGUCGGAGUCACGACUUGUACGGCCAAUGUUAGGCACCAGCUCUCCCAGGAGCAUUUCUCAGGAUAGCCUAGCACAAUCCAAUGAGAAUCAUAGGAUCUUAACAUUGGAUCACAUGGUUCGAUCAAACAGUUUCACUCACUUUAAACAGAUUCCCUCACCCUCCUGUGAGCCAAUGGCACGGUCCUUUUCCUUUAAUCGAGCAGUGGAGUUGGCCAAGCCUCUGGCCAACACUCAGCUUCGGCCCUCUCGUAGUAGUCUUCUCAAACCUCCAAGGGUCAGCAAUGGUAGAUUGUAUUUAGGACUAAGCAAUAACCUUGGAGUUGCAGGGUUUCAGUACAGUAAAAGCCUUCCUACUGACCCCUCCCUGCCUGUCACAUCUAUUCCUGCAGUGCCCACUACUCCCCGAGGCCUGAGAAAGCCUUUACUACCAAGUUCCGUUCUGACUAAGUCUAUGACCAACAGUGUGGGGUCUUUAGGCUACAGAUCAGCUGCAACAACUCUGGGUAAACAGCAGAGGUCUCCCCCAGAUGGCCUAAAAGAGGGUAUUAGAGAAUUAGUCUCAUCAGAUUGUGGUGAACUUUUGAAGAUAUCAAAAGUUUCUGAAGCAGCUGAUGAGAGGGCGAAAGCAGAGUCUGCCAGUGAGAGUGGUGGAAGCUCUGGAGCUGGAAAUGGAACAGAAAAUGGCCAUGACCAAAGCUCUAUCCAGAUGGCUACUGAGACUAUGGAGGAUAUGUCUUUAUCUUCUGCCUCAUCGUUGGAAAGAGUUGACACCAGUGAAGAGUUUCUUGAUGAUUUGGACUCUGCAGGAGAUGUUUUCAGUGAUGGAGACAUGCCUGGCGACACUACUCAAACCCUCUUGCAGAGUUUUCCCAAUGAAAAUACUACCUGGGAACGUACAGAUCUGACAGAAAAUAAGGAAGAGACCCCAAUGAAGGAAUCUAUUGAGGAAUCGUUGCUGUCUCCUGUGCAGAGUGAUGCUCCUCAGGGUUCAUCAGUUGAGCUGUCACCCUCCAAUAGCUCUGGUGGGACCUAUAUGUGGGAUGAAGAAGGUCUUGAGCCUCUUGGGGAGCCCAAGUCUCCAUUAGAAAGUUAUGAGGAUUCAGAAAUCAACAGCAUGGACAUCCUAAACAACCUGGACCCUCUGGGAACGGGAGAUUUGGACGAUAAUGAUCUCAUGCUGGAUGCGGACCUCCCAGAGGAUGGCUUGCACGACUUUGACAGUAUGUCUCUCAUGGAGCGCUCAGACAGAGGUAGCCGGCAGGGGCAGAGACGUAAGCAGCACCGCUGGAGUGGUCCAGAUCACUUCUUCCAUGACAGCAGGCUUCAUUUCCUAAAUAAUUAUGACGGUCAGAAGAAUCUGAGGCUUCCCUCUCACCCGGUCCGGUCUGAAGGCAAGCAGCCAGUCUACAGACCAAUGCUGGAUGAACCUGCUCUUCAACACAUGGCAGAGGACUGCAGCAUGCUGAAGAAUCAACUGCUCAUGCUGAAAACGUUACUGCAGCUUGAAGAAACAGGGUCUCCAGCAGAUGUUUGUGACCAGACGGAAGACAAUACGGCUGCCUCACAGAUUGAGGCCCUGAUUAAGGAAGUGCAGGUCCUCAGGGAGGAGCUGAGAAGCAGAGAAAAGACGAUAGCUCUGCUCACUGUGCAGUGCCAACAACUACAACAGCAUCAUCAGCGAGAACAAAUGGCCUACGAAGGACGACAGGUUAGAUGUCAGUGCCAACAACAGAUGGCUUCAUCUUCACUACAAAUGAAAGAAAGACAGAUGGACAAACGGACGCAGCUCUAUGAUAAGGCUACCCAGACAUAUUGGAGAACACCCAGCCAUCCUCCUCGAACGCUUCAGCCUUUCAACCCCAAUCUCAACGAGCAGCCGGACCAGGAAAGACUAAUAAAAAUUCCCCCCACCGAGGGCCACAGUAAGCUCACAUGGAACAGAUCAGAGGAAGCCACUUGCAUAGAUAAUGACCGUCCUCUUGAAGCUACUAAAGUAGAUAUGUCAGGGGCGGCAGGCUCUGACAAGCUGAGUCAUCUGCCCAGGACCAACCUGCGCAGCCUCCGCUCCGGCGCUCUACAGGGAAUAACUGGCAUAGACGGUCGAGCGUCAGCACCUCAGUCCUCUUCACAGCUUGGGAGGAGAGCUCCUGCUGUGACAGCGCAGAACUCUGACGCUCCAAGAUCAGCUCGAUCGGCUCGCCCUCGCAUGCUGCAGUCUCCUCGCAUCAACAAGCAAAUGUCUCUCCCUGCGUGCAAUUCAGGAGGUACUGGUGGCUUUGCCUCUCUGAAAUUAGGUAGUUCUUCAGGGCCUCCGGCUUACCAGACAAAGCAGCUGCCUCCUCCGACGAGAGGCCUUCCCUGCUUUAACGCUGAACCCCAGGUGCAGGCUCAGAAAUCCUGUCAAUCCUCACACCUUCAGCCUCUCAGAACUUCACAGCCUCACUGAGAUUUACAGUGGGGUGUGGAAAAGGUGUCAUGAAAAGGCACCUAUGUCAACCUAACCCAAAGAUUUCCCAAGGAGCCCCAAAGAUUUGUCACAGAAAUUUCUCCUUUCCUCCCCCCAGGCCACACAAGUUGUGGAUUUUAUUUUAUUUUAUUUUUACUUCUAUCUUUCUUGUUAAAUAAAUGACAGUCAUUUUGUUUUUGUUACUACUAAUUGGUAAAAUUUUUAUACUAGAUUCCCAACAUGUUCAACAUUGCAUAUUUUAUCCUUCAUCAGGAUGUAGCCAAUGUCAGAUUUGAAAAUGAUUUUAUAUUACAAGUCAGUUUCAUUUGUUUUGGAGGUGUUUGUGAAUACUAAGAAUGGAAGAAAAACUCUUUUCACACUUUGCACUUAAAUACCACGUUUCAUUUUCUUUUGUAACAGCCCUCUAGCUAAUAUCCAGUUUUGAAUUCUGGGACUGGUUGUUCUCAGACAGCUCUGCCCUUUGACACACAGGUGCAUUUGGCUUUUAACCACGGAGGAGAUGUGAUUGUGACCUCUGCUGUGCUUCAGAAGGCCCAGAGGGAAUUGGGAGCAAAAACAGCCAGUGGGACUGAAUAUAAAAAAAAAGGGGGUGAAAGGAAAAGUGAAAAGCAUUGCAGCAGACUGAAAAGCUAAUUUGUCAAAGUGCUCUGAAGCUUGUCACUUCUGGACAGAAAAUAUGUGCAUGUGUAAACGAGAGUGUGUGUUGGGGUGUUAAAACGCUGAGCUAAAAGGGCUUUGAGGAACAAAGAAAAAAACUACUUUCCCCACCAUAGCUGUGUGCAUUAUUUAAGCUCAUUUCACCAUACUGUGCUAAUAUUUUGGGUAAAUAACCUUCUCUGUAAAUAUUAGUAAAAAGGAUAAUCGACCCUGCGCUGAAAUGGUCUAUGAUGGAUGUUUAGGUGACAGAGAACAUAAUACUCCACUGUUGGUGAAGCGAUAGCAAAAAUAGUGAUAAUAUCAGAACUGAGCGGUAUAAUAAAGCUUUCAGGCAUGUGGGCGAGCAAAAGUACUAAAUACCACAAAAAACCACAGCAAGUCUAAUACUUUCAUUUGUGCAAUUUUAGAAUAAAUAAAAGCAGAGAGAAGUAAGUUUGAUUAGAACCGAAUCACUGCAUGAAAAAGCAUUUUUUAAUAUCCAAGCCUCAGAAACUGUUAGACAAGGCAGAAAACAGGGUGGCAUCUGUUAAUAUUGAUACAGAUGUUAGAUAUACAGCUAUAGAUAUUGAUUAAAUGAAAGUCAUAACUUCUUGUCACAGUUUUGCAAAUAACCUCGAAACAAUUUGUUCCUCUUUUUCAAAGAUUCUAAAUCAGUUUAGUUUAAAUACAGAAUUUAAAGCAAGUGUAAUCUCAAGCGACUUUAUAACAAAGGACACCCUUAUAUAGAAUUAAUACAGUUUGUCUUUAUCAUCGUCUCCAUGAAUAGUUUAUGUUGUAACUUUGUGCACUUUGACAGGUAUAGUUCGUAUAUCAUCUUUUUCAGCCAAAUAAUUUGUCUUCAUACUGACCGAAUCAAUCGGUAACUGCCAGAGGUACAUGAAGACUUAUGAUUUAAAGUUUUAUUUUUUUUUACAUUUUACUCAAAGUCUGCUUUAAGCUUGUUGGGUUAUGUGACUACCAUAAAUGUCGUCCACUUGGAAUCAUCUGUUAAACUUUAGUUUGAGCUGGGGUUAAAAACUGACAUAUUUUAUUGGUGAUUAUUGGCUCUAAACUGAGAGAUAAAUCAAGAUUAGGAUUAAAAAUAGAAGUAAAAUGUUACUGUUGAUUAUACUUUUCCAGCAUAAUUCACUGAAAUGCCUAACUAAAAUUAGAAUGAUCUAAUGUAUGUGGUUGUACGUGGACACCAAAGGGAAGUAGGAGGUAAAGAUUAUAUGGUGGGCUAGCAGGUAAUAUAAAUGUGAAGGGGAGAACUGACUUGAAGCAAACCCACAUUUUACCAGUUUGUUUUUGUUUUUUU